AUGCGCGCCCUCGUCAAAGCAGGCCUUGGACUUAUGGUUGGCGCUGUCACCGCCCAAACCUCCGCACCCUCAUCACCUCCUGGAGGCAGCCCCCCUGGAGGCAAUGGAGGAUCCUCCACCGUCAACAGUGGCAAGGGUCUUUACGACUUGACUGAUGGGCAAGUCGUUGAAGGAGGCACCUACUCCUGCAGCGAUAACGACACCAGCGUCUUUGUCGCCAACAACACCAUCAGCGCUUCCCUGGUUGAUGUUACCAUCAUCAAGUCUGGCAACACCUCCAACGAUGAUGCCAGCAGCUUUUACGGUCUCAACGCCGCCGUUCUGGCAGUUGGAAACUCGGUUCUCAACAUCACUGGCGGUUCUGUCGACGACGUUGGCCAGGGAUCUGACGGCGUCUUUGCCUACGGCAACGCCACUAUCUACAUCAGCGGCACCAAGAUCAAUGUUGAGGGCGGAAACUCGGGUGGUAUUGAAGUUGCUGGCGGUGGUACCAUGUACGCCUCAGACUUGACCAUCGACUCCAACAACAAGGCCGCUAUUCGCAGCGACCGUGGAGGUGGCAAAUUGGUUGUUGACGGGGGUGUUUAUCGCACCUCGGGUCCCCAGGGUGCACCCGCUGUUUACUCGACGGCCAAUCUGACUGUCAGCAAUGCCAUUCUGACGGCCUCCGGAUCCGAGGCACUCGUCAUCGAGGGUCUCAACGAGCUUACCAUCAACAACUGCACUGUGUCUGGAAACAUGGGCGUGUCGGGAACCCAGGAGCUACACAAUGUGAUGCUGUACCAGAGCAUGUCGGGCGAUGCUGAGGAGGGACUUGCCGAGUUUGUGAUGAACGGUGGUUCUAUGGAGGGUUUUAGCGGCUGCAUGUUCUACGUCACCAACACAGCUGCCUCUGUUACCCUCAUUGGCGCCGAGCUUACCUUGACCGGCGAUAGCAAUUACCUCUUCAACGUUUCUGGCAAUGAUGCCUCCAACGGCUGGGGAAGCGUUGGCUCAAACGGCGGCAAUGCCACUUUGAACCUCUCUGAGCAGACUGUCACCGGCGACAUCUAUGCCGACUCCAUUUCCACCCUUGUGGUUAACCUGGCUAAGAGCUCUCAACUCACUGGCACCAUCAACCCGGACGGAACGACUGCUGCUGGUCUUGUUGUUGCUAUCGACUCUUCCAGUACCUGGACCCUCAGUGGCGACAGCUAUAUCACCUCUUUCAGUGGUAGCUUGACCAACGUCGAGCAGGGGUCGUACACGCUCUAUGUCAACGGAACUGCAGCUUCUGUUUAA